AUCAGCAUUCAAUGGAACUCUGUUCACCAAAAAUUCCACAUAUCUCUUGGAACCGUUGGACCAAACUCAGGUUGCAGUAAUUGUCAUAAUACUAUUCUGCAUCAGCUCCAAGAGAUGUUUAAUAAAUCACCAAAUGUUGUCCAACUAUUACAGGUUUUGUAUGAUACUCAGGCUCCAUUAAAUGCUAUCAAUAAGCUUCCCACUGUGCCAAUGCUGGGAUUGACACAGCGUACUAACACUGCUUACCAGUGCUUCUCAAUUCUGCCUCAGUCACCCACCCACAUCAGGCUGGCUUUUAGGAAUAUGUAUUGCAUAGAUAUUUAUUGCCAGAGCCGUGGAGUGGUGGCAAUUCGUGAUGGAGCAUAUAGUCUUUUUGACAAUAGUAAAAUUGUGGAAGGCUUUUAUCCUGCACCAGGAUUGAAGACCUUCCUGAACAUGUUCGUUGACAGCAAUCAAGAUGCACGAAGACGAUCAGUCAAUGAAGAUGAUAAUCCACCAUCUCCUAUUGGAGGGGACAUGAUGGAUACAUUGAUAUCACAACUUCAGCCACAGCAGCAG